ACCAUGCGUCAGAAACCGUGGAGGACGCCGCGAACGAAACCCAGUUGGAGUUGCAAGUUCUAGAUAAUCAACAUUAAUCGCCCGUUGAGAGGUCACGAUUGGUGGGGUUCACAUAAUGCAAAUAUAGAUUCCUCGUCCGAUGCAGCGGAUGGCGGGCAGAGUUUACGUUGUUGGUACUGACAGCCACUCCCGAAAGCCUAUCUAAAGAGGGGGAACGUGCAGAGCCCAAUUUGCAACUCCGCAAGCCACUGCGUCGCACCCAACUUUACAUUCCCUCCCUGCAGCUUGAUACAUAGCUCCCCUCUCUCCUUGUACUACAACAGUUCAUGCUAUCUGACAUCCCUCACGCAAGUCAUUGUCCACGCUGCACAAUGUGCUGACCGCAUCGACCUAGAGACUUAUACCAGGACUGAGAAACGUGCGAACUUCCUUUUCCGAGCAUUUGCAUGAAUCUGCAACCCAACAUGUCGAGUAAGAUGAACGUGGUACUGUUGGGUCUCUUCGCAUUGCUCCUUCAGUUGAGCUUUUCCUCCGCAGGACUUACACCUCCGGCAGGAUACAGUGAGGGAUUCACUGGAAAUCUCCGAAGGGGAGAGCAGAAAUACCGAUGUGAUCGCGGUAACUGGGUCAGUACUGGGUCAGCAGGCCUAGUUUAUUCCUCCAAUGGAUCUCCGCUCGCCAAAUACUGGUCCACUGUUGAUGCUAAAAAAGGAGUCCCAAUCUACUUCUGGACCAUUGCAAACAGCGCUGGAAGCCACUACGAAUCGGGAUCUCCCAACUCCCGACUUCAAGCCUCGCCGUUGAAGACUGUGAGAGUGUCUACAUCUGCUAUCCCUGAGUUCCUUGCGAUAGUUAAGAGACGAAUUGGCGGUGGAGACGCAGCGAUGGUUGCAUUCGUGUCCCUCACGGGCACGAAAGGCGGCCUCCCUCCUCGCAAAGCACUAUGCAGCUACACCGGAGCCACAGCCGGUGUUCCGUUCUCAGGGACCUUCAGAUUCUACACUCAGGACUUGCAACCUCCUACUCUUCCCCAAUCUCUCACGCCAAGGGGGUCGUUCAUCCAGGCUUUCUUCCUGGAAGGCAAGGCCGUGUACAAAUUCGUGGGCAACCGGUGGGUUUACCAGGGCAUGUAUGCCACAAUCUUCACCGUCGCCGGCGGCGAAGCGCUAGGAAAGUUUGGCACAGUGACAAAGCCUGACCGGUUUAGUAGCAAGGUUCUGCUAAAGUUGAACGAUCCCAACGGUUUCUGGACAUACAUGCAGAUGAGUGCGCGGCCAGUGCGGAUGUCGCUAGAGGGUUGUGCUUGGCAGCUGCUGCGCAUCACCACCUCCGGAGGAUGGCAGAAUCCAGUCGGAGCUUAUAGGAACGCUGUGAUCGGAGCCACCAUUGGAGGUACUGCUCCCAAAGUGGCCGCAAGAUCUUACGGCAUUACCUACGGAUCCGCGAUGACUGCGGUCUUGUAUCUGUACGCAUGAACUUGCUGUGCAGGUCGCUUCGUGCAGUGCCCCAUGGGAGUAAACCGUUGCUGACCGUUGCAGUUCAUUUUGAUCUUCGAAACCAAGAGUCUGCAGGUUAUCUGCGAGUGUUUCAUAAAUUAUGUUAAGAAAUUUAAUAUCCGAAGCGUGCAUGCCCGGACUGUCGAUCUUUACAUCGUAAAAGGAUCGUUUUUCAGAGGCUGUCAAUGUAUAGUAGCUAGCUAAUAAGCGUCGGAUUCACCUGGUAUUCCAAUUAAUCUGUCUUGAUGAAAGGCGUUGAGAAGACGUUAUUAAUAAGUCAGAACACGCGAUUUCCGAACUGAGAGCAAUAGUUCCCUCGUAAGUUGGGACUCUUUGCGAAUGUUGCCACGAUGUUUCUGAAUAAAAAGCAAAUAUGAUUUUUUUCCUGAA